GGAGUACUCCAGCUUUACUGGUGACGAUUUUCCUGGGGCACUACUGCACAAACAGCCGCCCCGUAGACACGAUAACGCAUCAAUUUUAAGUGCCACCAAAGUUCCCUUCAGCAUAAAUCACAACCCGUCUCUGAAGGGGUCGAGAAGAGCACGGUACACGGUGGGCAAACACUUCUGCGACGGGGUUUCGAGCCAGAGAUCACUGCACAGCAGCAGCAGCAUCAGCAAGGAUAAUACCCAACAUCGAAACACACAGUUCAACAUCCGCUCCACAGGUGUAGGCCAAACCGUGCCACUUGCUUCACCGUGCCGUGGUGGCGCAUGGCAUCCUAAUUUAUUCGCCCGAAUCUUGUGGUUUGUGUGGUGCCCAUUUUUCAUCCAUCCAAGGCGGGGGAAGGGACAGGAUCAUUCGUAGCUGUUGCGUAGAGACGGCCAUCAAGCUUACUAGAUCAAGGGCAAUCAGGCGAAAGUUUAGUAGCGCAAGUCCCCCGAGAGUAGGCUGCCCGUGUGUUUUUCACCCGCUCGCCCGCAUCGUAUGAAGGGGUAUUGCCAGGAUACGCAGUGCCAAUUCGCCAUUCUGCUGCUGUAGCAGUGUUUUGUGCAGUGCACGCGCGACAACAAACCGUGUGCGCGAUACGCAUAUUGCUCGGUGCUGGAAAUUUUAGAGCAAUAAAGCACACGCAAACACACGGCCGAACGGCAGGCCUCCCGAACUAUUUCCGCUGCUUUCUUCCCUUAUCGGACCGCAUUCUGCAACAGUCAACGCUCGCUGUUGCUCCACCGUUGUUCCAGGUUUUCUUGCUCGUCCCAAGAGAAGAUUGGCAGGGAAGCAUUCCAUUUGUGUACGUCCGUGCGAGUGUAUCUGUGUAAGUGAAUUUGUGAGUGUGUGUUGAAGAAAAUGUGCAACAAAUGAAUGAGCAGCAGCAGCAGCACCAGAGUGGUUCAAUGUCGUACGUGCCCCAUUUAGAUCCAUCAGCUGCCGCGCAUGAUACCGCCAAUGACAGCAUCGCAUCCGCUGAAGUCAGCUCCCGUUAGCGUCACCAGCCGUGUGAUACGAGUGUCAGCGGUGGAAAAUAAGGACACACUGUAGGACAUUCGCGCAAGAGACAGAGGAGGGAGGCACGUAUCACGCUACAGCACAUCUACGUCAUCACACUACACACGCUCGAGGGGAUCGCUGCCUGCUGCGGUGGAAUUUAACAUUUCAAAAUGCUUCCAGCAAACGUAAUGUCGUUCAUGAAGAAGAUGGUUGCUACCGAUGAGGCGUCACAUCAGCAACCAUCGAUGGAGAACACGGGCGCGUUCGGGAAGCUGAAGCAAACCCUUUCCACAUCGCUGCUGACGGCCCAGGACAGAGUGAACAAAAUGUCCCCGCGCCCUUCGCUGGUACCGGACGCGACCGAGACGCCACAGGACGAUCCGUACAAGGAUGCGUCUGCCAGCGAGAAGACGGCGAGCGAAGGCAACAAGUUCAACACACGGUCCGGUUCGUGCCGGAUAUGUUUGAAAUCGUUUAAACCGAACGACUUCAAAAAGACCUGCGUCGAGUGUGAUCAGAAGGUUUGCGAAGACUGUGCCAGCUACAGCAAGCUACAGGACUCGGAAGACUCGGAUCUUUGGCGAUGUAGCGUCUGUCGGCGAAAGAUGGCGUCCCGUAUUUGCAUACCGCAAGAAUCAACCGACUCCGCCCUGGAGGUACCGGUUAUGGAGACGCUACAGCGGCGCCAUUCAGACAUCAAGCUAGGCUUCAACCAGCAUCUGGACGAUGGCAAGGGUUCGGCGUUGGCCCCACCCCGUAGCCCCGAGCUGCGUCGCCAUUCGGACGUUUCGCCGGCGUCGCUGAAGGAGCUGGAAAAGCUGAAGGGCGUCCAGAACCCGAAAAACGAUAUGGACUGGCGCAAGGGUCACAGUGCCGCACCGAGCCGAUCGUCCAGCCCGCCCGGCCGGAAGGAGAUGGAGCUGGGAACACCGCGCGUCUUUUCCCGCCGGCCAUCGACCAAGAUGUCGCGCCAGCGCAGCUACGACGACGAGUUCAAGACGAUGAGCUCCGACACGAAUCUGGCCGAGGCGGGCCUCAACCUGCCGCCCCCGAUGCCGAGACGCAAGUCGGCGUACGACGUGUACGCGCCGGGUGUGCUGAUUAACGCGAUGCAGUCGGUAAAGCUGGCCCCGGACGAUUCCGAAAAGAUCAGCACAUCGCGCCGCGCGUCUAUGAAGAUGAUGGGGGACGGAGGCGAGUUCGGUGGGGAUGACCAUACGAUGGCUGACAUGAAGGCGGCCGGACUGAUUGUGGACGAUGAUCGACGACACAAGCGACGUGGAUCGCAGUUACCCGACAUACCGGCACUGAAAGACAAAACUGCCCAGAACUCUGCGAACAUAUCAGUCUAUCAGUGCCCGGCGUUGGAGGACCUGGAGGCACCGAAACGGCAGACAUCGCUCGACGGCGAAGGCAUCAAGAUCGUGAUACACGAUGCCGACGCGGGGCCACUGUGUGCCGCCAAGCGGAGCGUCCUACUGCGAAGAGACCCAUCAGAUAAAGCACACAGAACACGAGGAUUUGGAAUGCGUGUCGUCGGCGGUAAAACCGGUACCGAUGGACGACUCUUUGCGUACAUCGUGUGGACCGUGCCGGGUGGCCCAGCCGAAAAAGGAGGUCUCCAACAGGGCGAUAAGAUCCUGGAAUGGUGCGGAACCUCUCUCACCGAUCGCAGCUUCGAGGAGGUAUGUGCCAUCAUGGACCGCACCGGUGACACGGCCGAACUGCUGGUCGAGCACGCAACCGACUUUAAGAUGUGCGAGCUGCUCGACGAGGGCGGCAUGGGCAUGAACGUUAGUUCGAACUACAGUAGCAGCAACUCGACACGAGCUUUACCGGACACUAAUGUGCAUACGCUAGCAUCAGAAAGUGAAGCAACGAUGGACAAAUCGCCCUCUUCGCCGACCAGACGCAAAUUGCCUAAAACACCGGUAUAAAUCUAUCAAUACGUUAUUCCUCUUUUUUCUAUCAAGUUGAUGUGCGUGUACAUGCAGCCAAACCGAUAACUUGCAGCGCAUUCGAUCAGACAAACCCAUACUAGUGUACUAGCAAAGAGCGAGCUACAGAAAAAGGAACAAAAAUAUCAACUACAUUAUGUAACCGUUACCCGUAGCAAGAGUAGUAGUGCAAAGUAGUAGCGUGUAGUAAGCAGAGGAAGGCAGCAGAGCCAACGCACACUCCUGAACACUUGGCAUUGUACUCGAGCGAGCAGGUGUAGCAAACAAUAAGGACAAACAGGGCUCCAGGGUAGGCGAAACCAACCAACAUGCCCAAAACCCGACAAUUUUCAUGGUCAAAACAUUCUACGUUUAAUGGAGCACUGCAGCGAGAUAUUUGCAAACUAAGCUAUACUGAACAAAAAUCAACUUAAAAAAGCAAGACGUUCGAUUAAGUCAGUCUCCCGGAGGAUCGGCUCCGCAAUACAGUUUACUUUCUUGUAGUUAAUUGGUAUAAACUAAACAAUGUUGCGCUUUCGAAACACACAAUCGGGUCUGCUCUCGACUUUUCUUGUACUGUUUAUAGCCCGUAUACACGUGAUUAGAUGAAAAAAAGGCAAAGCUAGAAACAAUGCGGGAAAGAGAUAGAGAGAAAAAGAGUUAAAUAUUUUAUAUUUUGAGUAGCAUAAGAACCAACAGAAAAUGGGGAAAAGGAUACAAUAAUCUAUAUAUAUAUACAUACUUAUAUAUAUAAAAGUAUAUAUACAUCAAUACUUAUACUCAAUGCAUAUUAUUAUAACGAGUAAAGACACACAUACACAACACGCACACAACAUAAAACAUACACAGACACAGCGAGGACUUCACGGAUACGACGAGGAUGUCGAAACAAUUGGAGCCAAACAAGUCGUUUUGAGCUUUUAAAACUAUUCGUUGAUUACCGGACACGGCAACUGACAAAACAGUAAGUAGGUACGUGUUUAGCAAAAGGAAAAGCUGCAGAUCAUCCAUUUGAACCAUGAGCAGAAACCUAAAUUCACCGACAGAUAAGAAAAUACACAUUGGGACACUAGUUGAACAAGUUGUGGCAAGUGUUUUUCAACUCGCGAUUACAACAACAACAAAAACAACAGCAGAAGUAAGAACAGAGCGAAUGCAUGUAAAACGAUGAUUUCAUUAACAAAAACAUACAUACACCUGUCAAAAGCUGAAUAAACUAAAAAUAUCAA